UUUGAGACAACUACUUCAGCAAAAAGUCCAUUUUGUCGAUGCCCUGCUCCAACAAUUUCUCGGUCAAUUCCCUGUUUAAAAAAUUAUUAUUUGAAGUGAUAAACGAAUAUUGAUUCAAUUCGUAGCUUUCAUCUCUGUUGCAAAUAAUUGAUCGAUAAGCUCAUACCUAAAUUCUGUAGCUGUCCAUGAAAAAUAAAUUGUUUUUAACAGCUCAUUGUAUGAAAUUGGAAUGGAGGAUUGACGGAUUCGAAAACGCUGUGUGUUUGACAGUGAUUUGAAUAUAAUUGAACUCCAUAACGCCACUGAAAAUCAAACAAAAAUAUUUACCAGUAAUAUAAUUUUUUAAAAGUUGGUCAAUGGAAGCGGCUGCUUGAUGUAGACGUCAUAUUAAAAGGCCUGCAUUCAAAUUCUUAAAAAAUAAAAUUAAAAAUUAGUAGGUAUAUGCUGAUUUUCUCUAUAAAGCGUCCAAACAAAUGAGCAGAAUUCCAGAAAAGAGGCAAAGUGCAUUGUUAUUCAUUCUGCAAACUUAAUGGGAAAGCACAAUGAAUCCGAGGAUUUUGAGUUGGAAAGAUUUGCUGACUGGAAAGGAAGACCUUUGAGCAAAGAUCACCAUGGUGAAAUUGCCGCAUUGUUUAUUUAUGCGACGCAGUUCUUCGAUAGUGUGGCUUUCCUGCCGAUAAUUGUAAACCUUGUGACUUAUUUCAAUGAGGUUAUGCAUUUGGAAAUCGCGGAUUCAGCCACUACGCUCACGAAUUUUGUCGGCACUACAUUUCUGGUGGCGCUGUUUGGAGGACUGAUUUCUGACUCCUAUGUUGACAGAUUCAAGAUGAGCUUUUUCUCUGCUUGUACAGAGCUUGCCGGAUACAUUAUAUUGUUAGUACAAGCGCACUAUGAUUCGUUGAAGCCUCCCACUUGCAACUCAUUCGAUCCCUCUUCUAGAUGUGCCAAAGUAAGCGGAGCGAAAGCCGUGAUGUUAUUCGCUGGGUUGUAUUUGAUCGCUGCUGGAAAUGGAUGCCUCAAGGGUGCUCUCCUACCUUUUGGAGCUGAUCAGUUCAAUGAGAUUGAUCCCAAAGAAAGGAGAAAAAUAUCCACCUACUUCAACACGUAUUUUUUCAGCAAUAAUGUGGGAGCAGCGAUUGGAGUCACAGUAGUAGUAUGGGUGAUGAACAAUAAGGGUUGGGAUAUAGGUUUCGGGUGCUGCGUAGCAAUGGUUUUCACUGCAACCAUAAGCUUUGUCACUGGAGCCACAACUUAUCGUAACAGAAUUCCAGGAGGAAGUCCUCUAACCCGCAUUUUGCAAGUGUUUGUAGCAGCUACCUACAAUCGAAAGCUCAUCCUGCCAGGGAAUCCCAACGAUCUAUAUGAAGUAACCGACAAGGAAGCCAAUAUACACGCUCAAAAGCUUCCAAAUACAAAGCAAUUCAAAUUCUUGGACAAAGCAGCAAUAAUAACAGAUAUGUCCUCCAAUAAUGAGAAGAUGGAGCCCAGUAAGUGGCGUUUGUGCACUGUUACCCAAGUAGAAGAAACCAAAGCUAUAAUCCGAAUGCUACCAAUUUUCGGGUGCACAAUAAUACUUAGUACAGGUCUAGCACAACUGCAGACAUUUUCCGUAUCUCAAGGCCUGACAAUGGAUCGAAGUAUGGGGAAAAACUUCGAUAUCCCGGCAGCUUCUCUGCCAUUUAUUCCUUUCGUAUUCCUAAUCGUCAUUAUACCCAUCUAUGACAAAAUUUUCGUUCCAUUUGCGCGAAAUUUCACUGGGCAUGAAGCAGGGAUUACUCACUUGCAAAGAAUUGGAAUUGGAUUAGUAUUAUCUACCAUAUCCAUGACCAUUGCUGCUCUGGUUGAGGUGAAGAGAAAAAAUGUGGCGAAAGAAAAUGGAAUGGUGGAUUCCAUACCAUUGUUCAUGCCACCCAUUCCAAUUAGUGUGUUCUGGCUUGGAUUCCAAUAUUUUGUUUUUGGAAUUGCAGACUUAUUCACCUUGGUGGGGACAAUGGAGUUCUUCUACAGUGAAGCUCCUGAAGGAAUGAGGUCCAUGGCCACUGCAUUCUCAUAUACAUCACUCUCUCUGGGCUACUUCUUCAGUAGCAUUUUGGUUAAUAUUGUGAAUGCUACAACUCGAAACAUUACAGAAAGCCGAGGUUGGCUUCAUGGGAACAAUCUCAACCGCAACCAUCUUAAUCUGUUUUACUGGUUGCUUGCUAUCCUCAAUGUGCUUAACUUUGUCAACUACCUUUUCUGGUCGAGUUGGUACAAAUAUAAGCCCUUGGUUGGGAAGACAGGCAACAAAUAAGCCUCCACAUGAGUCCAUGGAAUUCAACAUCACUAGUACUUUUUCUUGGUGGAAAUUAAGAUAUUCUCACCUGCCCACACAUCUAAUUUUUGUAUUUAUAGAGAUGUGCAAACUUGC